CCCGACACCGCCGCCCUCCUGGCCUCCGGGCCCGACGGGGAGAUGCUCUGGCUGGACGUCGCCCACCGCCCCGGGCGGGCGCCGCAGGCGCGGCUCAUGGGGCGCUACCUCCUGCCCCCCUGCAAGCAGCGCUGGCACACCUGCGCGGCCUUCCCGCCCCAGGGAGGGCUGCUGGUCUGCGGGGACCGCCGGGGCUCCCUCCUCCUCUUCCCUUGCAGCAGCUCCCCGGGGCGGGCUGCGGAAAGCACCGGCAUCGCCGACGGCAGUGUUGCCGACAGCAGCACCGACCCAGCCGGCGAGGACUCCGGCGGCGAGUCGGAGCCCUCUUGCUUGUCACGCAGAGGGGCUUUUCCCCUCGAGGCCCCGCUGUCCGUGCUCUUUGGGCUCCACGGGAAGACGGGGGUCACCUCGGUGACCUGCCACGGGGGCUACAUUUACAGCACCGGUCGGGACGGCUGCUACCGCCAGCUCCGCCUGCAGGGCCAGCAGCUGGAGGUCCUGCGGAAGCACAGGCCCUGCAAAGGGCUGCAGUGGAUCGAGGAGCUGCGCUUCGCCCCGGAUGGAGACCUGCUCGUGCUGGGCUUUCACGCUGACAACUUUGUGGUGUGGAGCAGCAGGACCGGCGAGAACCUGCACUGCGUCCCCUGCGGCGGGGGGCACCGCUCCUGGAGCUACUGCAGCAGCCCUUCGGCAGAGGCCUUCGCCUUCAUCAAGAGCGGGGACGUGAUGCUGUACCGCUGCGAGGCCGAGCCCUGCGAGCAGCAGGUGCUCCUGGCGUCCUUGCACGGGCGGGAGAUCGCCUGCGUGCGGCGUCUGGGGGCAGUGGAGGUGCCUGGCCGCGCCGCCGUUAACGUCUUCGUCACCGGCAGCGAGGACACCACGGCCUGCGUCCUGGCGCUCAGCGAGCACUCCCGGGCAGCCGUGCCCCUCGCCCGGCUCAGCGACCACAUCUCCAGCGUGAGGGCGCUGGCGCUGGCCGGCCCCGCAGGACCUGGCGACGAGGGCUUGUCUGCCCUGCUCUUCUCUGCGGGCGGCCGGGCACAGAUUGAGUGCUACCGGCUGCUGUGUGCCGGGGACCCAGCCUCCGAGAGCGCCGUGGCCUGCCAGGUCAUCCACGUGGCCUCGCACCGGCUGGACGAGCACUGGGAGCGGAAGAAGAACAGGCACAAGCUUGUCAAGAUGGACCCGGAGACAAGGUACAUGUCGCUCUCAGUCCUGCCCGGGACCAGCUCCGAGCAGCCGCCGACGCCCUGGAAGUUCCUGGCUGCCGCCUGCAGUGAUGGAUCGGUCCGGGUCUUUGGGCUGCUGGAGGCCGCUCGGAAGCUGGUGCUGGUGGCGGAGUCGUUUCACCACCAGCGCUGCGUGCUGAAGGUGGAGGUGUUCCCACACACACGGGCAGGUGGGGAGAGGAGGCACCUCCUGUGCAGUGCAGCCACCGACACCAGCCUCGCCUUCUGGGACAUCACCGGCCCCAUCGCAGAUGCGACGGACGCCCUGCACCGAGCGGAGGGAGAGAUGCAGCCCCUGGGUAGGUGCAGCUGCCGGCGGCUCGGCUCUGCGUCUCCGGCCAAGGUGAGCAUCGCUCUCCUGACCCAGCCUGUUUUCCCAGCCCUGGGCGCCCCGCUGCUCACUGUCAUGGCUCACAGCUGCGGCGUGAACAGCCUCCACGUCCGCGAGACACCGGAGGGACGGUACCUGGUGGCCAGCGGCAGCGACGACGGCUCCAACCACGCCCGCCUGCGGGCGGGGGGCCCCUCCCUGCGCCUCCUGCAGCGGGUGGCCAGGCCCUGCGCCCACGCCGCCCACGUGACGGGGAUCCGGGUGCUGCGGCCGGACCUGCUGCUCUCUGCCUCGGUGGACCAGCGCCUGACGCUGUGGCAGCGGGGCCCGGGCAGGCUGGAUGCGCUCAGCACCACUUUCUUCCACGUGCCUGACCUGGCCGAGCUGGACUGCUGGGAGGCGGCGGAGGCUGGGGGGGAGCUGCGGUACUACUGCGUGCUCUGCGGGCAGGGCCUGGAGAUGCUGCGCGGAACGGCCCCCCCCGAGCCCCCUCCGCCGGAGGCUCCCCAGUAA